GUCAGUUAUGCGUACGCCGUUGAUCUCUCAGCAGGAACGUCUACUUCGGCCUUUCAGUGUAUCAGACAGAACUACUACAAUGUUGCUUUCAUCAGAGCUUAUUCCCCCACUGGUCAAGGUCAGCUUGAUCCCUACGCCUGUGCUAACAUCCAAAAUGCUAACGCAGCUGGACUCGGUACUGAGGUUUAUAUGACUCCUCAACCAAAUUCGGCCAAAAGCGGCAUCCAACAAUUUGAUGAAAUGUAUAGUGGACUUAAAAACGCCAACAUCAACGUCCGAUCUAUCACUGGUGGAGCCACUAUCAAUAAUGCUAUGCUCUGGUAUUGGAGCACCUAUGGAAGUGGAGUGUCUAACGAGUCUCCAGCCAAUUUCAAUGACUUCCGCGCCUUUGGUGGAUGGACCACACCAAGUGUCAAACAGUUCGCUCAAGUCGAAACCGUCUGUGGUGUGACUGUCAACAGAGACAUCUACGCCGUAACAGCAGCGGAGAAAGUUGCUGGAAUGGCUAAAGAGAAGUCCGAGGCUAUUGUUGUUGGUUUUCUUGGACUCGGAAAUGCUAUUGUUGGCAAAGCUGAAAUUAAGCAAUAG